CCGCCAUCAACUCUCCACCACAUGAAGACCCCACAGAACACGCCUUCCUCCUAUCUCUUAUAUUCCUUUCACAUCCUCUCCUUCCACCUUUCUCUCUCUCUCUCUCUCUCUCUCUCUCUCUCACACACACACACACAUCUGAUAUGGAGAACUAUACUAUACUAUUCCCUCCGCAAGCUUCUUCUUCUUCUUCUUCUUCUUCUUACUCUUCACAUCUCUCCCACUUGCCAUCCAAUAUGUUGAGUAACAACCAAGCCUUUGGCAGUCUCCAUCAUAACAAUUCAAGGGGGCUUUUGGGGCUCCAGGAAGAUGUCAAGGUCUCAUCCUUUGAAGCUCAUGGAGCUCCUCAAAUGGAGUCCUUUGGAGGGGCAGAGAACGAGGCGAAGACCGGGAAGAAGAAGAGCGAGAAGAAGAUCAGGAGACCUCGGUUUGCCUUCCAAACCAGAAGCCAAGUGGACAUCCUCGACGACGGGUACCGAUGGAGGAAGUAUGGGCAGAAGGCAGUGAAAAAUAACAAAUUCCCAAGAAGUUAUUACCGAUGCACACAUCAAGGUUGCAAUGUCAAAAAGCAAGUUCAACGCCUAUCAAAAGAUGAAGGAAUUGUGGUCACCACUUAUGAGGGAAUGCAUACUCACCCGAUAGAGAAAUCGAAUGAGAACUUUGAACACAUACUGAAUCAAAUGCAAAUUUACUCUAGCUGAUGAGUCCAAAAAUAAAAAGUAAAAGCACUUGUAAAGGAAUGAACUUGUAUGAUUGUUCAAACACAAUAAUUUAUGUUGAGUUAUGCUACUAUUUUUUUUUUUGCUACACUAGAUGACUCAUACAAUUUUAGUAUGAAUAUAUCCAAAAAAGUAGUUAUGCUACUUUUUUAUGUA